AUGAGUCCAUGCCUAUCCUCUCCACUCCACUGCUUUGGUGAAGCCAAGAUGAAGUUCACAAUUGUCUUUGCUGGACUUCUUGGCAUCUCCCUGGUACCUGCCUUUUCUGGCUAUAGUAUCAACGUCAACGAUAACAGCAACAGUGAUGACAGUGGGCGUCAGUCAGUGAGCAUCAACAAUGCACAUAACGUGGCCAAUGUGGACAAUAACAAUGGAUGGGACUCCUGGAACAGCAUCUGGGAUUACAACAGUAACUUUGCUGCCAUCAGACUCUUCAGAAAGAAGAUGUGCGUUGUGCACAGAAUGAACAAGGAAGUCAUGCCCUCUCUUCAAGCCCUUGGUGCGCUGGCCAAACAGAAGAGACCAGAGGGACCACCUCCUAAGGGCCUGAUGUAUACUGUCAACUCUGACAGGGUUGAUGACCUGGAUAGGUUUGGAAAACCCAUCUCUGUCAUGUGUAAGGGCAUUCCAACAUAUGUGGCUGAAGAAAAUGAAGGAGCAAGCUUGUUUGUUUUCUCAGAAAAAUGUGCUAAUUUUGAUGUACUCUGGAUUUUGAACAUUUCCUUGUGCGGAGGAAGAAUGGAGGACUAA